GAGAAAAUGUUAGCCAGAUUAAAAGCGGAAGAUGAAGAACGAAAGCGCCGGCGUGCGUUUGUCCGAACCCGCCUCCAGCGUGGCAUCCGGAUGGUGAUUUACAAUCUUUCCUGGUUGCAGCAAAUCGAUCAGCAUUAUUAUGGAGACAAUGCCCGCCGAAAUAUUGCCAUGGUUAUGUGGCGGAGGGUAGGACGGAAGGCACUAUUUACGCUCAUUGAAAAAACCGGCCUCAGCAAACCGGUAGAGGAACGCACCUAUUGGCAACGUGACAGGAUCUCAGAAGCGUUUCGCGACCUGGAAUGCCUUGCCCGAUUUCCGCCGGAAGUUCGUCAGGAGCUGACUACCGUUGCCCGAUAUGUGUUUUACACUGCUAAUCGAGCGAUCCUCAAAGAGGGUCGCGAAGCGGCGGGAGUCUACUUCGUGCUAGAAGGCAUCGUUUGUGUGAGCCGUAUGAAGUGGAACCCGUUGUACGAACGAUAUGAGGACACCCCGUAUGCUAUCCGUGUGCCAGGAGAGAUGUUUGGCGAGAUGUCGUUCCUCUAUGGUUGUCCCCGGACGGCGACAUGCGCCACAGCCACUGACUGCGAACUGCUGUACGUUUCCCGGAAAUACUUUGAGCGAUUGCUAGGUCCAACCCUGCGGCUCCAAUGGCAGCAAACGCGGGAAGCGAUGGAUCGGUUCCAGUUCUUUGACAACUGGACGGACCUGCAGUUCCAGGAGAUGUGCAUCCUGACCAAAAUGAAGAGCUACGAGCGCCAGCAGAAGAUCAGCAUGCCGGAAGCGGGCGUAGGCAGCGAUUACGCGUACUUUGUUCUCAGCGGCGAGUGCAUGAUUUUGCAGUGUCUAAAGGUGUUGAAGAAGAAGCGCGGAAAGCGAGUUUGCUAUCGGCUACUACCGGCCGAGACAGAAAAUUAUGAAAUCGGUUUAGCAAAACGAUAUGAGGCGAAGCGGAAGCGAGAAGAAGAGGAGAAGCGAACGGAACAGGAGGAGCGAGAGAAACAGGAGAAUCAAAAGAAGCAGGAAGAGCAGGGAGAGCAAGAAAAACAAGAAGAGCGAGAGAAGCAAGAAGAACAAGAGGAGAAAAAGGAGCAAGAAGAGCAAGAAGAGCAAGAAGAGCAAAAAGAGCAAAAGGAACGAGAGGAAAAAGAAGAGCAAGAGAAGCAAGUGGAACAGAAAGAGCCAAACGGGCAGGACGAACAGGAACAGGAGCCGUCGGGAGAAUUGGAGUAUCACUUCAUCGACGUGGGAACGUACGAUUGUGGGUCAGUGUUCGGACUGGGUGAACGCAUAGACGAUCGAUCGAUAGUGGCUCGAGAGCGGGUCCACUGUAUGCUGGUUCCACGCUAUUGGCUCUACAUGAAGGAACAGAACGCGGGCAACGUCUGGGAUCGGAUUAAAAUCUACCUGGAUUCGGCGAUUCCCACCCGGGAGAUGUUGUUCAAGCAGUUCUUGGGAGAUCUAAAUUGGGUGGUAUACCGGAAGAAGGUGGUUAGUGAUCUAAUGCAGUGCCAACGCCGGCCGAAUCAUACUCAUUUGCUCGAUGUACCGCUCAUAUGCCGAGUGGAAGAGACCAUGGAAAGAUGGAAGUGAUGCGUUAAAAUCUCCUAGUCAAAAUUUCGUGGAUAUCCCAAAAUAACAAAUUUGCAGCUUACAGUCGAUAUGUGGACUUUUGUAGUGGAUAGCUUAUAUUCGAGAGCUCGGUGAAGCUACUACCAAUUAGUAGUAAUAAAAAUUCGUACACAUAUCUUUCAAAACAACCACUAACACGACAUGAAAUA